GGUCCUUCCGGUCUUCUUCAGCGGGCUUUGGCUGCGGAGGUACCAUUGCCUCUCAGGUUUGUGGCCGACCUCUCCGGAGCGGGCCCGCUGCGCCGGGCACAGUGAAGUCGAAAGGAGAUGGUGGGUCGGAACAGCGCCAUCGCCGCCGGCGUGUGCGGGGCCCUCUUCAUCGGGUACUGCAUUUACUUCGACCGCAAGCGGCGAAGUGAUCCCAACUUCAAGAACAGGCUUCGAGAACGAAGAAAGAAACAGAAGCUUGCCAAGGAGAGAGCUGGACUUUCUAAGUUACCUGACCUUAAAGAUGCUGAAGCUGUUCAGAAAUUUUUCCUUGAAGAAAUACAGCUUGGUGAAGAGUUACUGGCUCAAGGUGAAUAUGAGAAGGGUGUGGACCAUCUGACAAAUGCAAUUGCUGUAUGUGGACAGCCACAGCAGUUGCUGCAGGUGUUACAGCAAACUCUUCCACCACCGGUGUUCCAGAUGCUUCUCACUAAGCUCCCAACAAUCAGUCAGAGAAUUGUAAGUGCUCAGAGCUUGGCUGAAGAUGAUGUGGAAUGAAAACAAAUCUCAACAUAAUAAAAUCUCAAAAAGAUUUUAAAAAUUCUAAGCUCAGAAGUUGAACGACUGGGGGAAUAAGGGCAAAUAUGCUUAUUAGUGGACUGUCCUACA